CAAACAGGAAGUGCUGACCCACGUGUUAUUGUAAACAACCUGAUCUGUGAUCAGGGACAUGUCAAUAUUUCUUUGAUUGUAGACCUUUGCAUACCGACGAUUUAGAAAUAUCAUGGUGGAACCUAUCUUUGAUUUUCAAUUCAGACUUAUUCUGAUUGGUGAUAGCACUGUCGGUAAAUCGUCUUUAUUGAAAUAUUUCACAGAUGGGAAAUUCUCAGACGAAUGUGAUCCUACGGUGGGUGUUGAUUUCUAUGCACGUCUUAUUGAGGUGAAACAAGGUGUCCGAGUGAAACUACAGCUCUGGGAUACAGCUGGACAGGAACGAUUUCGAUCCAUAACCCGAUCCUACUACAGAAAUUCAGUGGGAGCCUUGAUAGUAUUUGACAUUACAAACCGAAGAAGCUUCGAAAAUCUCGCAGGCUGGCUACAUGAAUCUAGGGCGCACAUAGAACCGCAAAAAGUUGUCUAUGUCGUGGUGGGCCACAAGGCAGAUAGGGAUGAUGAGAGACAGGUCACCACCAGGGAGGGACGAAUGUUUGCAGAAAUGAAUGGACUGAAAUAUAUAGAAACCUCGGCUAAAAGUGGCCAGAAUGUGGAGGAGGCAUUCCUUUUGGUGGCACGGGAGGUGCAUGCUUUGUUAGAGCAGGGCAAAAUCCGCGUGGAGGAGGGGUGGGACGGGGUAAAGAGCGGAUUCACCCGACCGGAGCAAACAUUCCACGUGGCGGAGGGAGAAAAUGAAGGAGGCGGAUGUUGUUGAAUGCAGGGAAAUGUCAUUUAUUAAUCAUUUCAUUGGUCGGUAGAUGUCAUGUGACUGCGGUCCUACUGAUUUGAUCUUGUUGUUUUGAGUAUCAUGUUGGCUGGUCUACAGGAUCACGAAGUUUAACUGUGUUGUGUCAAAUCAGUAUUCUAAAUUUUUCAUAGCUUUACACGUCUCGAUGUACAAUGUAAAAGAUCCCUCCCAUCGAAAAUAAGAAAACCUAUACAUUGUUUUGUAUGUGCCUAUGGCAAUAUAUUUACCUUUCCUUUGAUAUCUUUACAAAUUGUAAUGAUAGUCAUUUCCUCAUGAGCAUACAUCAGUUGUAAACAAUGUGCGUAUGAAUACAGAUAAAUAUAGAUACAUCUAUUUCAACGACUGGGAAUUCUGACAGAAAUAAAGUAGAAUGUAAAUAUAUCAGAAAUAAACUCCAGUUUUAAAAAUACAUGAGGGUAUAAAGUGUAACGAUUCACGCCAGUAAACUUUUCAUGAAACGCUGACACGCUUCAUGAAGUAUGUGCCAGUGUGAAGUGCCACAGUUCAUAAUCUCAUGUAUUUUCAGAAAUGAAAUUUAUUUCUUAGAAUCAUUUAUGAUAUUGUGUAUUUACGGAAGCCAUGGUGUAGAAUUGAUAUUCAUUUAAUUGGCAGCAUCAUCUGGCGGCUGCCACUUAUUAUCUGGCGGCCGCCACAUAAAUUAACUGGCGCCACUUAAUUUAUAUGGCGGCCGUCAGUUCUUUCUCUCUCUCAAAAUGAAAGGGGUGCAAUUCCUGUAAUCUCCCUCUCCAAUAUUUAGUCAUAUGUAUGUGAUAUACAAUUAAGAGCAUUGUUGUUUUUUAGAUUGUGCUGUUAAUGUACUAAUUUAAAGUUACAUAAAUGUUUGUGAUGUCAAAUGUCAACAGAUUCGCGCAUGAGCAAAUCUUUAUGUGUACUUAAUAUACCAUCGUAUCAGGCAUGUAGAACCAGGGGGCUGACCCUCCACCUUUUUGACAACAUUCCUUUUCUGUUAUUUUCAUAUGCAAACUAAGUUAUUUUCACAUAUGAAAUCAGAUCAAUUGGCAGAUUGGCUCCCAUCCCACUCUUUUGGUGGUAGUAAUGAAUGGUAAAAUGUAAUAAUGAAUGAACUGAUGAAUUGAAGGACGAAUUAUAGGGGUAUGAAGUUUGGGCAAAAGAGACAGUUUUAGGUUCCUUUUCUGCUUGUGAACAAUUGUAGAAGACAAUUUCUCCUCCAACGGUCCCUACACUUUGAAAAACGAUCUAUGUGUUUGUGUACUAUUCUAAAUCAAAAUAAUCACUCAGCAAUAUGAAUUAAAUUUUUUUUUAAAUUGGAAACCACCAUGUAUAAAUUAAGUGGCAGCCGCCAGAUGAAUUAAGUGGCAGCUGCCAGAUAAAUUAAGUGGCCACCGCCAGUUAUAUGAAUAUUAAUUUUAUACCCUGGCACCUAUCGCCUUCCGUAUGUAUUUGAUCUAAUUGAGGCGCUAAUCCUCUUACCAUGUUCCUUGUUUGUAGUCAUAACGAGAUUGGUUGUUACUGAUGAAAAAUUAUUUGCAUUAAAUGAAGUGCAUGUUAAUACCAAACUUAUCUGUGUACUUGGAUGAGAAUUUUUUAUGCAGGAAUAUAUUUGGCAAAUUCAUUUGUUACAAUGAUAAAGAGUUUGAGGCACCAUUUUGGUAAUGGAGUCUCAUAGAGAACAAGAAUCGGUGUACUUAUUAAGUGAUGCAGAGGUAAUUUCACUGGAAGUAACACAUAUUAAUUUUGAUAUAAUUAUGUAUAUACAGAGGCUAGUUUGAGAAAUAGAUAUGUAUCUGGUAUAAUAUUUAAUAAGAAAUCAUUUUUUUGGAAACAAUUCACAACUUUUAUUGACACACCACAAACCUCUUCCAUGCUUCCUUAAGUUAGUCCAGUUCAAACUUUUCAAAAAUUUGUAACACAGAGAAAUUCCUCCCACACCAUGAGGUCUGGGAUGCACCAAAAUAUAUUUCUCAAAAUUUUACCAUUUGUUUUCAGUCAUAAUACUAGUGAUUUUAAUGGAAAAAUUACCAAGAAUAUGUAUUCAGUUCCUUGCAUAUUACUGUUAGUAAGCAAGCAAAGAAGAUGCACCCUCCUUGGUCAAGGUAGAUGUAGCUUAGUCAAAGAAAGACGUUAGGGGGGGGGGGGGGGCUCUCUAGCAUCUCCUUUCCUCUUUCUUUCAUCCCUGCUUGUAGUCUUUCCCACUUUUUUGUGUCCCUCCCAUCCUUUCACUUCUCUUUCCCUCCAGCUGGCUCUUACCUCUCUCCCCCCAGUUUACUCUUCCACACUUCCUAAUCUUUCUAUCAGAUUUUCCCUACUCUAUUCCACCCCCACCCCACCCCCUCUUUCUUCCCCCCUCCCUAUUACCCUGUACGCCUCUGCAUACAGUAGAGACACUUUGUUUCCUUACAUGAUGUGUACCAUAUGAAAUUCAAUACAAUUGUUUGAAGUGGAUAAGCUGGGGGUAUAUGUACAGAGACCAUGCUUUAGAAUGGUGAAUGAAUGGGUGUUGUGUGUCUACAAAGUAUGGAUUCUACAAGUAGCAGUGAUGAGCAUAAUUAUUUUGUCAGAUUUUUUUGCUUUGUGAUUUUUUUGAACCUUUGUGAUAUUAUUUUCUUUCGUCAUGUUGUAGCAUUGAUUUGUGAUAAUUGCAUUUUAUUUUUUUUCUUUUGUUUCGGUGAUGAACGAUUACUGGUGGAUGAGAGAGGUUGGACUGCUCAAUUUUGUUACUUACGUAUGUUCAGGUCCUUGUAAUAAUGUAUUAUUCCUAUGCUACAAAGCUUCUUACACAAACAUUUUGAAAUCUACCAAGCAUGCUGACAAAAUUACUCAACAUUCUGACAUUUUUUAUACAACAUAGAAGUGUAGAUAUUUUAAUUCUAAAGCUACAGUUAUAGAACAUUGUGAAAAUUGUAAAUCUCAAGACUUUUGGCAAGUAUUUUCAAAUAUCAAAACACACCCCAAGACUUUCGUCUAAAUGUGCUCAAAAUACAGUCUUUAUUUUAAAUUAUUUUUGUGCUACAGUUGUUCUUUUAUACUACAUACAUUUAUAAAUGCCAUAAGAAACCCAUUUUAAGGGGGUUAUACUACAUUGUCAUAAUAGCUGACUUCCUUUUAAAACAUGAAUGAAAAUAUAAAUAUCAGCAAUAUUUUUUGAAUUCCUUUUUGAUUUAAUUGCCUAACUCAGUAGCUGGGUAGGUUAGCAGGACCACUGCUGAUCUCUAGAUCACAGGUUCAAGUCCAGCAAAGGUUUUACAUAUUUUCCAGAUUACUUUAUACUGCAUUUUUUGACUAAAUAAAAUAAAAAUUUGAAAAUUUCAAUUUCAAAAUACUGUUCUACAUAUCCUUCACUAUUCAUCCAUAUCAAAUUUCUCUGGUGAGCGUCCCUCCGUAAGUUUGAUUAUUCCACAUAAUUUUACUCAGAUUAAUAUCAUGAUUUAUAUGUUCAUUUAUUAUAAUAUUUAUUUUUAUUUGGUAAUGCCAUAAUGUCAGUUGCUUAGCAACAGUAUCUCUUUGCUACACCAUUCAUAGUAAGUCUGGGUAUAAUUCUAAGAAUUAUUGAGUAGAUGAGGUACUCGUGAAAUAUUGGUGAAAAUAAUGAUUGCGACACAAAGUGUCAUGGUGCAGAAAUUGCUAGGUAACAUUUGGCAAGGUCAUGUAUAUCGAGGUCAUUUCACAUUCAGAGAGCUUCAUGUGUAUCGCUGGCAGCAAUACUUUAUCAAAAUCAAAGCACUUAAAUAUACUAUUUUUUAUUAAUGCAUUGAAAAACUCUUGAGAACUUUUUUCAGUUGAUAUUUUUGGUGGUUUUGAAUUUCAAACUUUGUCAUGAUUUUCAGGUUAGUGAUAAUUUUUAAUUUACAAUAUUUGUGCACUUGAAUCAAAUUUAAGGAAAAGUAACAAUUCUGCAUAUGUAUCAUGCAUUCAUGAAAAUGAUGCUGCACCCAUCAUUUUCCGGUAAGGUUACAUGAAAUAGUAGCAGAAUUCAAACACUUGUUUAUUCUUCAUCAAAACAAAUCCUUUUUUUUUUCUUGUCUGGUUUUAUCCACAGUACAAACUAACACAUUUUUUGUUAUAUUAUCAAACAAUGUUUUAAAUUGUAAGUGCCAAAUGUCAUUAGGUUAGCUUGAUGAUGCUGAAUUUAUCAACUCUUGGUUGUUUUUGACUGCGCUUGUGAGAGUUAUUGCCCCUGCUGAAUAAUUAUUCCGAAUGGAGGAUGUGCAAUACAAACCAGUUUUAUGAAACUAGUCGACGACAAAUUUAUCUUCAUCUUUUUGUUCAUUUUGUCAGUCAUCGCCCUGCCAUCCAUUACAGGAAAACAUGUUGAAACUUCUAGCUAUUGAUAUAUAUAACAAAAAGUCCCUUCCCAUCCCAACUAUGAUAAUUUGCCUUACAGUAUUGAAUAGAAACAAGAUUUUGUCCAAUUUCAAUAUCACUGACUAUUCCAUGAUAAUACUCUAUUCCAUGAUUUGAUUUAGGUCUGUUAUAAGAUAUCUUAAGAAAACAAGGCUGAAUUCAAAGGCAAAAAGAUGUCCAUUUCUAUGUUACUUCUAUAACAAAUACAGAUUUUGCUGUGCAUCGUAGAAACAUAUUAUUUAUAUGUAUAUAGUGAGGGCCUUUUGUUGUUAUCCAGGUAUUUUUGUUGAUUGCACAUCAAGAUGGGCAUUCUUAGACUAAAUGUAUGUAUGUAAACUGCAAGGUAGAAUUACACACACACAAACUUCAAGACAGAUUUUGUUGGGCGUUUUAUUGUAUUAGAUUGGAUUGAUAUUACAAUUUAUUAAUAGUUUGUUGGAAGUUUUGCAGGGUUUUUUUUUUUUUUUUUGGUUUUGUUUUCCCUCCAGUAUAUACUAUGUAUAUGUGCAAUAAUCAAAAGAAAAUAAAUGUGCUUUCAAUUGAU